AUGCCCAGAAUCUUCCCCAGAUUCAAGCUCCCCCUCCCCGCCCUAACCAGUAUAACUACGCUCCUCCUCCUAACUCCCCACCCAACAACAGCCUACUUCUACAAAUACCCCGCCCUCUUCGUCUACAAAGACACCAACUGCACCGACAUCUCCUUCUCGCUGGUGUACCCCAGCCUGGGCGACUGCAACGGCGGGUACUAUGACUACGCGGGCUCAUUCCAGAUGUUCAAUAUUGACGCCGCGUAUACCUGUAAUGACAGCGACAUGACACUUACAUUCGAAAUGUAUAAUAGUUCUGGAUCGGAUUGUGGCGAUGAAAGUGAUUUGUCGUUUCGACAGCCUGUUACGGAGGAGUGUACUGUUGCGGAUGUGGAGAGUCCUGGGCCGUUGGAGAUGCCGGUUUGGUUUGAGUUAGGGUGUAUGUGAUGAAGAUUAUUU